UGGAGGAGCGUUCGAACAUAUAAAAACGAUGCCCCAGGAUCGGGAUAUUCAGUGUCUUAAUUGUAUGAAGUGCAACGGGUACUUAUAUUACAUCAAGCUAAAUUACAUACAGUACAUUGGAAAAUAAUAAGAAAGAGGGAACUGGUCAUCUCAUAUUCUCAUGCAGGUCAGAAUGAAUCUUUUGAUAAUCAUUGGAGUGUUGGUGGUAGUAGACGCGAGAAGGUACAGCUCUAAGCACGACAACAUCGACAUUGACCGCCUGGUCCGGAGCCCACUGUACAUGGAGGAGUCAGCCGCUUGCUAUUUGGAUCGGCGCCCCUGUAGCAAGAUGACAGCUACUUUAAAAAGAGCAAUACCAGAGAUAGUAAAUUUGGCCUGUGGGAAAUGUACUCCAGCGCAGAAAUACAUCUUACGAAGAUACUUGGAAGAGCUGAAGAAACAGCGCCCGGAGGACUAUGCCGCAUUCAGACAUAAAUAUGACCCUGAUAAUGUGUAUUUUGUUGAUUUGGAAGCAGCCAUCUCUGUUAAUAAAACCGAUAUAUAGUGAACUACCUCUGGAUGCAACAAACCAAGA